CCCCCUCGAAUUAGCCACCACUGCUACCCUAUAUCUUUGAAUUGGCCCCCUCGAUUUGUUGGCUGUUGUCAUCUGGCGUUGCUUUUGGUGUUUUUUGAAAUACCACAAAAUUUCAUACUAAUAAUUAAUUAAAUGUUCAUAAAAAAAUUACUACUAAAUUAUUGGAAGUCUUUUAAUAAUGCCUUCUUGAUGUCUACUUUCAUUUUAGAAACUCCUCCAUGUAUAAGCCCCCCUCGAUUAACCCCUCAUCCAAAAAUAUAAAAAUAAUGUAAGCCCCCAGGGGGCUAAAUCGAGGAUUUACGGUACUUGUGUAUAAGAGCCAACACCAGAGACUACCAGGACCCAGGCCGUUUGCUGUUAAGGAACAGCGCGUAAUCAAGUAUCGUUCUUGCUACCCUGGGUACCAGACUCUCUAUUUUAUUUUAUACAUAGUGAGUCUGGUAUCCAGGGUACGUUCUUGCAUAUGCGGUAUUAAAAUGCUCUCUAGGCUUUGUUGGAUGUUUUAUAAAAGGCAUUAGCUGAAAAAGAAUGUUUUUAAUUCCUUUUUUUGGAACACAAUAUCUCGCCAUGAAACCAGUAACUUUCCUUGACCAUACUGUGUCAAACACUAGGUUAUGUUAGCUCAACCUAGUUUGCUUUUAUUCGCAUCAUAAACCAUUUACACACACAAUAACCCACCAUAUAUCACCUAAAUCCAUGUAGAAAUUUUCAUCGGCAAGAUCACGAUCUUCGCAAUCCUUUUCACCGUAAACAAUCGUCUUCUGGUGGGAGUUUUCGAAUUGUUUUUUGAAACUAUUUUCGUUAAGGUGAUUAACCAUUGGAAUGGGUUGUCAACCAAGGUUAGCGCUCUUUCUCUUACAGUCGAUGGAUCAUAAAACAAGAAAAAAUUCCGGGGGUAGUUUGAUAGACUUCUCUCCAAUCCAGCUGGCAAUUCGCAAUAAGCAUUUUUCGUAUCUGGUUUUAUUUUAUCUAGAAUAUAUAAAUACAAUUAUGAAGAUUCUCAAAAGAAUUUAACAGUGUAUAGCUACAAGCUUCACAUUGGUUUUUUCAACAAUCAUUGCGGUGCGGUGACACGUUCGCUUCAGUUUAUCUAGUUGUUCUUCUCAAAUUUGCAGGAAAAACAUCCAUUACGUUAUUCAUCUCCAUAUUUUAGUUUGUGGUUCUCAUGCAAUCGUUAUUCUAUGGGCUUUUUGAAAUUGCAAUGCAGUUUAGACUUUGCUGUUUGAAUGAGUAGUGAGUUCAUGUGGAAUCGUUUAUAAAUUACUGAUGCUGUCGAAAGUAAACCGUUUAACUUUGUACAAAGGCUUGUCUGUGCCCCAGUCCAGGCUAACAAAAGCAGGCAUGAAGUGGACCACACCCUUUCUAGGAGCCGCCUUGAAAAUUUUUUGUUGCUGCUAUUGCGGGCUCCUAUCCCCAGCUCUAGCGUCUAAGAUGACUACGCCCUUGAAAGAUCGCAAACGUACUUUUCUGCCUGUGUAUGGAGGAAAUGUGACAAAAAAGGUAUAAGUACUACCAUGUCACAAAGCUGCUUACAGGUUGGAAUGCCCUGAGCUUUUUGAAAGCAUUAGACCUGCUGUGACAAUUUCGUUUUGUUUACCUCUUUAUCUUUAUACAUCUUUAUAUGUCUUUAUACAGCAUCUGUUGUAAGAAAUUAUAUUUCUUUCAUUGUGAAGAUUCAGAAACUGUAAAUUUAUCGUAAGGGUUUACAAAGUGUAAUAAUUAACAGGUUUCUGCACGUUGCUGCCUUUUGCUAGAGGAGAUGACUUUAAAUAUGGUCUACCAGUCUUUCGACUUUUAGCGAUAUGUUUUGGAACGAUAAUGAAAACUUAGGAAUUAGUGGCUUAUCUUGUGACAUCUUUCAAUGGGUUGUUUCAUUGAGGAUAUCUUUGCAGAUUUGAACUCAUUUUAUUUACCUCUUCAUUUUAUCUACCGAUUUGAACUCAUUUUAUUUAUGUUUUUUGUUGCCGAGCUUAGUAUUAGUACAUUGUUAGUUGUAGCGCUGUCUUAAUGCGUCAACGUGCUUUUAUUCAUUUAAGUAAAAAGGGAGCUUUUUUGGGAGGACUUUUUACCUAUAUCACGUUACCUAAGCUACUUUCACCGUGUGAUUGUAGCUUAUGUUUGUUAACUCCCCUUGCUUGCAAGCUCCAACUGAAAAUGUGUUUGAUCUCACUCUGCUUGCUUCACAUUGCCUGUUAUUCAUUAUCGUGCCCUUAAGGUUUCCACCAAGCUGCUGGUUACUUAGAAUUCUUUCCGCUUCACCAAUGUUUUUUGCAAUGGUUACCUUCAUGGCACGUAGCAAACCAAACCCACAUGUUCCUUCUCAAAACCACUUCAAGAGCUUGAACGUACUGGGUGAAAAUACAUAAUUCCACCUUGCCAACUUCGAGUUUUUCUUGCAAUCUUAUUUACGCGCGCUUUUAAGGUCACGUUAUAAAGUACGAUCGAUAUGGUUCUAGCUCAGCUUGCCUAUAGGGCUAAUUGAAACUCAAGCAAGACAUGGCAUGGUUGUGAUUGCAAGCUCGUAGUUUUAAAACGUAAAUCGGUAUGCUUGCACUUAGUUAAUUUCUUUUUAUUUUGGCUAGCUCUAAAUGCUUAAAGGCUGCACGUUGCCAUAGUUCCUGCCAACGAAGCUGCGGAGGACCGUGUCAUUAUGCAACUUUUUAUAACAUGGCCAAUAACUUAAGACGUGGUUUACACAACAGUCCUUUGUCUAAUACAUUUUAUAACAAAGUAAAACCAGUGGUUUUGUCAAUUUAUAAUUUUUGCAUGACAAUAAACCAUCUAAUUGGAGAUGAGCACAACCCAAGGAAACAUCUGACCAGCUGCCUUGAAUUCUGUGUACCUAAUAAAUAACUUUGUUUCGGGUUCCUUAGAUUAUAGGCGCUUGAUAGAUAGCCACAUUGCUGAUAUGGUUUCGUUGGAAUCCUCAAUUGGUUACGAUAUUCCAGCGAGAAAAAUGGCUUGGACUUGAUUUUGUUAAGAUCGACCUCCCCUCAGUGCUCCCAGACCUAACCCCCGGAAGAAGGUUUCGAUGACUUUGCAAACUAUUGGCAUGGUAAAGGCUCUUUGUUUAUGGUUUUACAGGACUAUUUGUAAGCGGUUCCAAAUGUUUCUAGCAAAAGUAUUUCCUAGUUACCAAAAGCAAAAGGCCAUUGACGGCACCAUCGCUUGCAAGGACAGAUGAAUGCCCCAUUGCUAACAUGAGAAAGAAUGGCCAGACAACAUUUCAUACUGCGCGGAGUUUGGAUUAACAUCUUGUUGUCUUGUAACUUGGUGCUAAAUGGAUACCAUUCUGAAGUGGCUGGUUGCAAACAUCGAAUACCCUUAGGAAUGGCGUCCGGGAGAAUACCUGACACAAGUUUAUCCGCAUCAACGACGUACGGGUCACCAGGCAGUUUUGAUUAUGCUCCUUCUCAAGCGAGGCUAGGAACUGUCUCGUGCUGGUGUGGAACAGAUAAUGGAACCUGGCCAAAUGACUGGAUACAGGUUGCUUUUGGUGCAGAAAUGUCUUUAACUGGAAUUGCUAUUGAGAGGGGCUCUGAGAAUCCAGCAGACAUAUUGACCGAGUUAUAUCUGGAAUACAGCCACGAUGGCGUUGUCUUUACAAAUCACACCGAUCUCAAUGGCAACAUUAAGUACAAUGUUAUCAAGAUGCCAUCAAAUGGUAUCAACACACAGUUUUUCUGGCUUGAUGCUUUUGCUACAAAGUACAUUCGCAUUCGUGCCUCGAAGUUGUUGCUGGCAUCAGAUAGCUCAAGGUUCUGUCUACGAUUCGAGUUAUUUGGCUGCAAUUCGACAUUGGCUGAUAAAGAUAUAUUUCCAGCUGGUCUAGAGAACCAGAUAAUGACCAAUUCACAAAUUUCUGCCUCAUCGAGUGCCACCAACAACCCAGCCUUUCAUGCAAGGCUCAAUUUUCCAAACAGUUGGUGCCCUGUAACUCAGAUGAACGAAUGGCUACAAGUAGAUUUAGGCCUAAUUUUGCUGAUCAAAGGAAUCGCAACUCAAGGGGCUUACGGAAGAGCUGCCAAAGAAAUGGUUUCGUCUUACUUAUUGUCCUAUGGAAACGACACGACUUCUCUUGUGUUCUUACAAAAUGGAGGGCAGAAUUUGACGUUUACUGGGAACAACAAGACAGCCGAAGACCCAGUGUUCAAUGCAAUAACAACGAAAGUUGUUGCAAAGUACCUCAGGUUGCAUCCAUUACUAGGAUACAAAAGUGGAUAUACAGAAAGAUUUUGCAUGCGAAUCGAAGUUUUUGUCACCCAUCCAGAAUGUUCAACAGACUUGACAUCCGAAAUGCAAACAAUAGCGACCGUUAUCCCAAACGAGGCCUACAAGUAUUCUCCUUUCCGGUUUGGCAUCAACGCCGCCUCGUCCUGGUGCCUUGGCUACCAAGCACAAGCCGAGUAUUUACGAAUUGACUUCGUUAAUUUGCGCCUAGUCAGUGGUGUUGCGGUUGCAGGCAGUUCGGAUUAUGCUGGUUGGGUGACAAAGUUUGAUGUCAAAUAUGGCUUGGUCGGUAAUAAUAUGAGAGUUUUGAGAAAGGCCCUUCAUGGAAGCAUGGGAAGAACCGAAGUAGCAGUAAACUGGCUGGAUGAGCCAAUUAUCGCAAGGUAUAUUGAAAUAGCACCUAAAGAAUUUGUUGGAAGCAAGUGUUUACGAGUCAGCAUUCUUGGCUGCACUGGCGUUCCAAGCAAUGCAUACAACCCAGUUAUCAACUAUGUUGCUCAAAGUUCUAGACAUGCAUUAAUUUACUUCUUGACCAAUAAAAUUUCCUUCGUCAACGGUGUUGUUGUCAAGUAUUCCUGUGACAACAGCAGCUACGGGUUGCCAUGUAGAGCUAAAACUACAAAGAUUUUCUCUUGGAAUGAGUUCAGUAACAGCACAGUCAAUCUUACCGAUCUUCAACCCUGGACAAAAUAUCGAUUUACCCUGCGCCUCGUUUUCAAUACGAGUCUUUCGAACGAAUCGAGCCUGACCAAUUUCCAAACAAGUGAAGCAAGACCGAGACAAGCCCCAGGAAGCUGCAAGAUCACCACAAUGACCACAUCCUCAAUAACCAUUUCUUGGACAACGUUGCCCAGUGAUGCAGUCAACGGAGUUUUGUUGGGUUAUCAAAUAACUGUUAAAAGUACACAAGACUCGGCAGUAAAUGUGAAUAUUUCAACAAGCAGCUUCCCAAUGCAUUCGUUUCAUUAUUUGAACUCCAACACCGGCUAUUCAAUUUCUAUCUCUGCUUUUAACAGUGCUGGUCUUGGAACACCAUGCAUAGCCGCUGGACAAACUUUACCAAAAGUCCCAAGUGCACCUAUCAACGUUACUCUAGUAAAACUCACAAAGAAACUCGUUAAGUUAGAAUGGGCUCAGCCACUUACACUUGAUGGUAAACUGGAGUACUACGUUCUGAGCCACAAGGAACUGUCAUCAACAGAGCAGAGAAAGGUGUUGUUGCCAAACUUUACCUAUUUCUAUUUGGACAUAGACAAUCAAACAGGGAUAUAUGAAUUCAAGGUUCGUGCAUACAGUGCCGUUGCUGGGUUGUGGAGCAAUUCACUACUUUACUGGGCAAAUGGACCACCUUCGAAAGAAUCCACGAAUAAAGGAUCAUCACAUGAUAGCUUCUCUAGGAAUUCAAUGAUUGCAUUGGUGACCUGCGCAAGUGCUGUGAUGUUCUUCGUGUUGUCAUGUAUACUUGGCAAAGCUGCUCACGAAAAAUACAUUGAAAAAAAGCGAAGAAAAACGUGCUUUAGACAAUGGAGAAACUUGCAGCGACUGACAAUAAACGAUUUCUUAGAAACGCAAGAGAAAAGCAUCGACAAUGAUUUGAUUCAGGAUCGCGAUAAAUUGCGCAGACUUAUUGAAGACACUAGGUUAAGAAAAUUAAAGGAUGCAAGCAAAAGUCGAGCGGCCAUUGGACCGGCGAAGUACUUUGAAACCGUAAGUGCGUCAGCCCAGUCUUCAGGUAAGCGCAAGAAGAUGAAAGGUGGCGGUGGCCAAAACAAUCUCCCAUCAGUGAAAUCAAAUGCUACUAAUAAGCUUUCACACGAGGCAGGGCCUGAGGAUUCACCGCAGCUGCGAAAGGUUGGAAUAGACAAUACAGCUUUCGGAAGUAGCCAUCGAAAGGAAAUAAUUAAUAAAGUUCCAAGCAAUUGAAGAUCGAACUGCAUCAAUACAAUGCAAUCGCUUACAAGCAGUUUGAUUCUUCAAGGCCGGCCCUGAUAAAGUUCCACUCUAAGAAUCCAACCUUUUUAUAUUGAAUUUCGUGUACAGUCGACGGCUGUAGGAACGUAAAACCAUUGAAUUUAAUUGCACUCUUUGGCCUAUCAUCGUCUUCAGUUGAGAUGAUCGGCAUAAUUUUCUUUAUAAAAGAGUAAAAAUUUUAAAAAUAUCUCCCCUCUGGAUAGGGAAAGGGGUUAACUUUUUUCCACAACUUUAUCAUUUUGAUUUUGUACUGCAUGAAAAAGACUUGCCCAAAACAUUUUUGACUGCUACAUGAGCUUAUUAUAAUAUAAUCCACGUAAAAAUUGACAAAACCCUUCUUAUUAACUCAAGCAACUUUAUUUCAGCCCGGCAGACUUUUCUGUUUGUUAUUUAUUUUUGGUGAAGCCAGUGAACUUCUAAGCACAAAAUCUAGUGAAUUGGAUCACAGAGGAGCAGUUCGUUGCUGAGAUAUAAGAAACGUAGGAUUCUCCAAUAGAAAACCUUAGGUGCCAAAAGUGUAUUGACAAUCAAAAUCUGAUUUCCCUCUUCUCUGCAAUUGCAAGCUUAAUUGGUCUUCACAAAUUUUGUGCUUGCUUUUUUCAGGGUAAAUGAAUAUAACAGCACAUUUACAGUCGAAACUUUGACUGUCCAGUAUAUUGCAUUCUUAAUACACAGUUCUCGUACCUUUCAUCUAUGACAGCGUUUGACCAAUUUAUUGCCCCACCUAAGUCAGUCCCUAUGCGGUGCACUAGUUUUCUACAGAGCAAAGUAUGUAAAGCAUGAUCAUAUUAGAAAGAGUUGGUAAUGAAAGUAGGUUAGAAAAGUGUCUUUUUACAAUACCUACCGGUUGGAUUAGAUCAGCCGUAACAGCACUGAGAACAUUUUGUAUUCGUUUUUACAAUUGGAUUUUGUAAACAAGUGUUUUAUUUGUAAAAAUAUCAAAAAUUUUGUAUAGAAUAUCAACAAUGGGAUGAAAAUUGUUAAAUUUUACAUGCUUCUGCGAAGUCGCUUUUACAUUAGUCCUUAUAAACUUUCAAAUUGGCACGUCUCUCGUACACAGUGUCAAGUAAAGUUUCCCCUUUAUUUCAUUGAUCUGUCAGUACUACUGGCUACAUGCCCUUCGUCUUGGUGAGCAUCAAAAUUCUCUAAAAUUUUAUUUGGCCCCAGUGGUUGCGCCAACCACAAGGCUCUUGAGGGGAGGAGGAGGGGGAAGGUCAUAAAAUAAAAAUAAGAAUUUUUAGGCUACGCCUUUUUUACUGUCAGUAAACGCUCCUUUACCAACAAGGAUCGUUAAUAUUAGAAAAUUCCCACCCCCCCUCCACCCUCAACAUUGCUAUUUCAAAGCAAUGUGUCUUUGUUCCAGAGGUGUUCUUUGUUCUAGUGGAAACAAGGGGUGAGUCCACUUGUUUUUGCUGAAAAGCAGCAAAUUCUGCUUUUGCUUUUUCAACAUUUUGCGAGAAAACCCUCCUU